AUUGUUUUAAAGCACGUAAAUGUGCAGAAUAUUUUUGCAUGCAUGUCCACGAAUUUGAUUUACUGAGUCGAUUGUGGUGGCGCAUGCGCGUGGUCAAAGAUCAGAAGUAUUGUCAACACGACGCACCAAUCAAAUCACAGACAAGUUGAUGGCCACUUCACCAGAUUCGCUUCCUUCAACCAACAUCUUGAUUGUUGUUUCUCACACGAGACUUUUUCCUAAACAGAACAAGGUUUCUAUAGAAAGUAUUGUCAAAAUGGCGCAUGGACCUGUCACAGCCGUUGUGAUGUUUCUGAUUGCAUGUCACAGGACACUGGCUAUUAGUCUGCAAUCUAAAACUGAAGUUGAAGAGCUGUCCUUUAACAAGAGAUCAGUGUCAUGCGACCAGUUAACCCCAAACUCCACGAUCUACUGGACUAUCUCACCUUUACAAGGACAGGUGAAACAGGUGGGAAUGUGUGAUGCGGUGAAAUGCGUAUCACAAUACCAUCCGAACGUCAAAUUGGAACGAUCUAGCCUCACGAGUUCCUCCAUAUCCUUUCAGAAUGUCAGCCGGGACUGGGCGGGUACAGUGGUGUGUACAGAACGUUUACUCAAUGAAACUGAGCAGUCUGUCAACAGUACACUGGAUGUUUAUCACAAUUCCGGGGUCAGCAACAGCAGUUUUGUGAUCAACCGCGAGGACUGGUCUCUGACUUUCAUGUUGAAUGUCCCAAAAGUCUUCUCCGCUCUUGGCAACUAUGGAGUUGAGGUCCGCUGUCUCGAAAUGACUUCUAAGGUCAACGUGUCACUGGUGUCAUACAACGAAUCGUCUAGAAUGUACAAUGUCGGCUACUUCUCCGUCACUUUGCGAGCCAACUUUACAGGAUAUAAAGAUAGAUAUAAAGUUAUAUCUCCUUACAGCUGUUUUUCCAACAUCUUCCUUCAUCCUGGUACAAAACACUAUCGCGAAGCACAAUAUAGGCAUUAUUCCUUGUAUAUACCAAGAAUACGUUGUAAUCAAUCCUACAUUCCUGAAGAGGGUCCUGUUAGCUGCAGCUGUAACGGCACAUUUAAAUACCAUCCCGAUGCCAGACUCAGGUGGAUGUUGGGAGAAAAAGUUGUAGCUUCCGGUGACUAUGGAGUCGAGUGGCUUCCACUUCCACCCGAGGUCGUUAACCGCAGCCAUGACAGAACAAUCCUCGAGUGCGAAGUGGAAUGGCUUUACAAUAUGCGCUAUCUGCACUGGAUACAGGUGGCAUAUGGACCAGAUGACAUCACCAUCAAGCCCUACAGUGUUCUCUAUCAAAAAUACAGCAGCAACGAGACAUUGCUUGCUGCCUACCCAGUGGUCAGUGGCCAUGUCUACUUACCUCCAAGCGGCUCAACCCAGGUAACCCUGGUAUGCGAGGCGAGGAAUGUCAAGCCUUUGAAGUCAGAAAUGGUCACGUGGGGCGGCCUGUGUGACGGUCAGCUAGGUUUUAAUUGUAAACUUACCUUCAAAGGUAAAUUGGAUAACGGGAAGGUGGUCACGUGCACUGUCACCAACGACGCCAACAACAACCACACAGCCAACACCAGCAUCUUCCUCAACGUUUCAGGUGGUCCAGAUACCGUCGGCAUCCAGUACCACACUACUUCUACACCUGGCAAGUGCCUUGUGAACGUUACCUGUGAGGCACCUGGGGUCAAACCCUCGACCUGUGACAUGUUUACGUGGGGCGGGAUGUGUGAAGGCCAGCAGGGCUCCAGGUGUGUCAUCACAGCUGACAAUGAACAGGAUGACGGGAAAGAAGUGACGUGCACUGUCACCAAUCAUGUCAAUCACGGACGUUCUGCCAGAGCAAGUGUAACACUGAUGUUGUCAGGUUGUGAAGUCAAGGAUGACCUCAUGGGUAAGGGUGUAGGCAUUGGAAUAGGCGUUACCUUGACCCUAGUCCUGCUGGUGGUGGGUGUGGUAGUGGUGGUUGUUAUCUGGAGACGUCGGCGAUUUCAGCAAGACACAACAUACGAGAAACCCAGUCAGGACCCAGGUGUGAGCCACACAUACGAAAUGACGAGAGCAGGGCAUGACCCCCGUACUCAAGAAUCCCAGGAACAAAUUGUUGUCGCACCUUUCCCUCCAUGUGAAGUCUAUGAAAACGUCACAUCAGACAUAACAGUCAAGCCGGUCAAAGCAAAACAACGGCGAAAAACACAAAAACAGUGAUUUAACAUUGUUCUUUUAUAUAAAAAGACUGUGUCUGUCUACGGAUUUUAGAUGUAUGAGUAUGAAUAUUGUAGCUGAAAUUUUCCUAAGAUCAUUUGGAUGUUUAUCGAAUACAUUGCCACUGAGGUUCUGCUGCUUUUCCAUCUUGACUUCAGCUUUUUGAUUAUAACUCUUUCUGUCUUUUUUAUAACGGUCACUGAGUUCGUCUUUAGAGGUCAGACAUCAUCAUCAUUCAUGUGUACAUUUGAUAAUAUUAUUAAUGUCUACUUUUUUCAUUAAUACUUGUUUUUUAGUUGCUUUACUAACUAAAUGUUACUAUAAUUUCAUGUGCAAUAGAUUUUCUAUUAACCAGAGCUCAAGCAGUUGGCACUUACAGCCAGCCGGAAAAAGCUCCGUGAAGAAAUAUUUACUAGUUAAAAUAAAAUUGAUUUCAUGCUGAAAUGUAGAUUUUAAUUAUCCUGAUAUAUGUCCAGUAAAGUUUCUUCACCUAC